AGGGAAGAGUGGUGCGUGUAGGGAGCCAGAGGCUGGCGUCCGCCUGGUUGCUCUGGAGUCGGGUAGCGUGGCCGCCCGCCGGCUCGCCUCCUGCCAUGGGGAGCACCGAGAGCAGCGAGGCCCGCAGGGUGUCCUUCGGAAAGGACGAAGAGGAGCGGGUCCGGGUGCUGCAGGGCAUCCGGCUUUCUGACAGUGUGGUUAACCGCAUGAAGGACCCCAGCCAGCCUUGCAAAGCUGAGGGGCCGGCUCUGCCUCGUGCCCCUCCACCGUCCACACGUGGCACCUCUGAAGGCCCGCAGAAAGACUCCAAACCACCCAAGUCCGAAUAUGGUGGUGGCCGGCAGCCCUCAGGGGUGGAGGAGGAUUUCCUUAAGAGGUAUAAACAGGAGCAGGCCAAGAUCCAGGACGAGUUGCUGCAGGUGGUGACGAGGGAAAGAGAGGCGGCCGCAAAGCAUAGGAGCGCAUCCAUGCAGCGCGGGGAGGGCAGCGGUGACCAGGAGAAGCAGAAGUCGACCCAGCUGGCCAGGGAGCUGGAGAGCCGGGAGGCAGAGCUGAGCCGUCGUGAUACCUUCUAUAAGGAGCAGCUGGGACGCAUUGACAAGAAGAAUGCUGAGAUAUAUAAACAGUCUUCACAGCAGUUCCACGAGGCAGCUUCAAAAAUGGAGGACACCAUAAAGCCCCGCAGGACAGAGCCUGUGUGCUCAGGGCUGCAGGCCCAGAUCCUUCGCUGCUACCGCGACCACCUGCAGGAAGUGCUUCUGUGCUCAGACCUGGUCAAGGCUUACCAGCGCUGCGUGAGGGCCGCCCACAAGGGUUGAGGAGCCCUCGGUCCUGGCCCUGGCAGCGACUCGGAGCUCCGCAGAAGGGACCGGUGAUGGGACCGCAGUCUGCAGACCCCUGG